AUGCUCUCCCGCUACUCUGACGUUGUAGAGCGCAGCUCAUAUCGAGAUGAUGGAUUGUCAAAUGGUAUCGAGCUCCGUGUUCAUCGGUCUCAGUAUAUGGAGAUAAUUGGCUCGCUACAUGCACAACGCGAUUGGAGUGAUCUCGUCAGCCCGGUAGUCAGAUACCACGGUGGCCUAGGGGAUAGGUUCAAUUUUGUCAGUGUUACCAUUCCGGACUGCUUGCCAGAGCGACUGGAAAUCAUAGCCUACGCGAAUGAGUAUGCUUUCCUCUAUGACGAUCAACUGGAACGACUAGAUCUGAAGCAGUUUAAAGAGGGCCGUGACGCCAUAUUGCAAGUCUUUUCCGAAGAUGCACUUGCGCCGACUACUUCGACCGAGGGUGCAGCCUCAAGGCCAGAGAAAGAUAUCCAAUUGCAGAUCUUCACUCGAAUGAAGGCCAUCGAUCUUGACCGCGCAGUCACCACAAUGGUAGCAUGGGCAGAUUUUGUAAAUCUUGCCUCAAGAACACGGAUGAAACCUUUCAAGACCCUGGACCAGUACCUGCCGAGCAGAGCGAUCGAUGCUGGCGAGCUGUUCUGGUUCGGCAUGCUCACUUUCGCUCAAGGCUUGACAAUACCGACUUUCGAGGUUGAAACAUGCAUGCGCCUGGCCCGCCCUGGCUAUGAAGCUAUCAGUCUCGUCAAUGACGUCUACUCGUGGCCGAAAGAAAGAGUUGAAGCCGAUGAGGCCGGUCAAGACUACGUCUUCAAUGCUGUAUGGGUGGUCAUGGGAGAAAGGCGCUGUGAUGAAGAAGCGGCUUUGUGUAUCUGCCGCGAAAAGAUACAAACACUAAUUGAGCAGUUCGAGCUGAACUUGGAGCAUUCGGAAGACCUUAACUUGUCAAUCCAGAGCCAGCAGUAUCUUGCAUGUGUUAGGCAAAGUUAUGUUGGGAACCUGAUCUGGAGUAUAUAUUGCCCACGAUACCAAGAUGCUAGUGUUUAG